UUAUAUUUUUUAUAUUGUUUAUGAGAUCUGAAAUGGCAUCAAAUAGUGAUCGACAAUUGUGUGUAGCUUUCGAUGAGAGUCCACCGUCAAUGGUACGCAAUGUUUGUAUUAUAGCUCAUGUGGACCAUGGUAAAACUACACUUGCCGACUAUUUAGUUUCUGCUAAUGGAAUUAUUUCUGCCCGGCUAGCCGGUAAACUCCGUUAUAUGGAUAGCCGUGAGGAUGAACAAAUACGAGGGAUUACUAUGAAAUCAAGUGCUAUUACUCUUUAUUAUGAACCUUUAUUAAUAAAUUUGAUCGAUAGAUUAAUUGUUGAACUUAAAAUGUCUGAAACAGAAGCACAUAAACAUUUACAACAACUUAUUGAAUUUAUGAAUGCCUGUCUUUCAAAAGCUAUUCAAGGUCAAUUAUUUGAAGAAGAUUGGAAAAUAUUUGAUCUGGUAGAGGCCAAGAUGCAUUUUGAUCCAUCUAAAGGAAAUGUUUUAUUCGCUUCAGCACUUUAUGGCUAUGCUUUUGCAAUCGAAGAUUUUGCCGAACUAUGGGCUAAACGUUUAGUUGCUAGACAAACAUGGCAAUCAGAAGAAACAAAUAAAAACAAGAGGAUGGACGUUAAGACAGAAAUAUCUGAAUUAAGAACUCAAUUAGCUCAACAUCUCUUUUCUAGAGACCAUUAUUUUUCAACUAAAACAAACAAAAUCUGUUCUGGUGCUGAACAGAAGGAUAAGAAAACUAUGUUUGUUCAUAAAUGCGCACUUUUGGACAAAACAGUGGAUAAGUUAAGUCAAAUUGCUUCCAAGUUGUCUUUGCCGAGUUUAAAAAGUCGAAGAGGAGAUGAGGCCUUCCCAGAAUUAAUGCGUAAUUGGCUCCCAUUGAGUUCGGCAAUUGUUCGUGCUUGUGCUAGAAGUUGUUCAGCACAAAAUGCUUAUAAAAUGCCACAAAACGACUCUUUGUCAGAUUGGAAUAGGAUUCGAGAUUUGUUUGUUCAAAAUGAUGGAGAUGUUGGCACUUUAGUAGAUAAAACCCAAUUAUCUACUUCUUUGCCAUAUACAGCUAAUUGUCUAAGCAAAUGUGAUCCAAAAGACCCAUUAGUGAUAGGAUUUGUUGCUAAAGCUUUUGCCGCAUCUGAUCAGAUUCAGAUUCAACGUCGUAUUUCUCUUUGCCGAGUAAUGUGUGGAACUUUAAGAAAAGGCGAUCAAAUUUUUGUUUUUAAAUCCUUACAAAAUGCUAAAAUCACUCAAACUGCACAGUCUCGACCAGAAGAAAAUGAUUGUUGGCGUGAGUUCACAGUUACUGCUUUAUUUAUUUUAUUUGGUCGGGAUCUUCUUGAAGUUGAACGUAUUCCUUGUGGACGCAUCUGUGGAGUUGAAGUUAAUGGGGGAGAGUGGAUUGGGGGUUCUUUGUUUAGCAAUCGCCAAUUAUCUCCUUCAGAAAUCCCCCAUAUGGAAGGAGCUAAACAACUUGGAAAAUUUUCCGAUCCGAUUGUUCGAGUCACAAUAAAACCAGCAAUAUCUGGGCCGGCAGAAUUUGCUGAAUUACGGGCUGCUCUUCGACAAUUAGCAGUUUUAGAUUCAGCAGUUAGUAUAGUUGAGCAGAAGGAAAAUGAAUUUUUGAUGUUAACUGCUGGAGAGGUACAUUUACAAAAAUGUAUUGAGGAUCUUAACUCGCUUGGUCAGACAGAUUUAGUUGUUUCUGAACCAAUUGUUCCUUUUCUUGAAACUUUGGUUGUUCCUGAUCAACGUUUAUCACACGCAAAAAUACUCACUGAUCACCUUACAGAAUGUUUUAUGCCUCAAUUUGGUCUGAGGAUACGUUUGAGAGCCGUCCCAUUAACUGGACUAGAACCAGAAACUAAUAAACUUUUUGAAUUGAUGGAACGUAAUAGUCAACUCAUUGAUUCUCUUAAAGAAGGCAUUUCUAAUCUUCAACAUCGUUCUAAAAUUGAAGCUUUUCGUUUAGAAUUAGCAGAACAAGCAAGUAUUAGUCUUCCUAAACUUCGUGGGUCUUGGUGGGCAAAGAAGCCUUCCGUACAAAUUCGACAACUUUUUACUGAAAAUAUUCUUGCUUUUGGACCAACAAAAGCUCGAUUAAAUAUUCUUUUCAAUAACAAUGCUUUACCUUUUUAUAAUAAUGAAGAUAAUGAAAAUAAUAAUAAAAUGAACAGAGAUUCUGAACAGAAGGAAGGAAAUACAGCGUCUAUUAGAGAAGCUAAUCUCAGUCCAUUGGAACAAGCACUAGUAGGAGGUUUCCAUAUUGCAAUGGCUCAAGGCCCUCUCUGUGAUGAACCUAUGCAAGCAAUUGGUAUUAUAAUUGAGAAUUGGAUAUUAGAAGAUAAAACUGAAAGAAAUAAUGUUGAAGUAGAGGAUACAAAAAAUGAAGAAGAAACGAGAAAUUUAGUUGAAGAUGAUGAUGAAAAUGAUAAAAGGAUAAUUGGUGUUGAAGGAACAUCUAAAGAAUUAAAUGAGAGGAAAGAAGAUAAUUUACAAAAAUGUGAUAAUUCAAUAAUAAAUUGUGAUACUCCAAGUACUUCAAAAAUAAAUGAAGAGAAAAAUGAAGAAAAGAUUAAUUUAGAAAAACGAUAUAAACAACUUUAUAUGAAUGCUCAAUUACAUGGACAAUUAAUUUCUGCUAUGAGACAAACUUGUAAAGCAGCACUUAAAAAACAUGUCGGCGCGUUAAGAUUAGUUGCAGCAAUGUACGAAUGUAAAGUACAAACACCUGAACAAAUGUUGGGAAAAGUUCAAGCAGUACUUUCAAAUAAAAGGGCAAAAGUUUAUAGUGAAGAAAUUAAUGAAAUUAGUGGACUUUUUGAAAUUAGUGCUCAUUUACCGGUUAUAGAAAGUUUUUCGUUUUGUGAUCAAUUACGUAAAAGAAGUAGUGGAAAAGCCUCAGCACAAUUAGAAUUUUCUGGGUGGCAAUUAAUUGAUGAAGAUCCAUUUUGGGAGCCGAGUACGGAGGAAGAGAUGGAAGAAUUUGGUCGCCCUAGUGUGCAAAUACAAAAUCAAGCAAGACAAUAUAUGGACGCUGUGCGCAGAAGAAAAGGUCUUCCAACGGAAGAUGUAAUUGUUGUUUGUGCAGAAAAACAAAGAAAUUUAAAAAGAAAUAAAUAA